AUGUCUAAAAAAUGUUUAACAAGUACAAAAAGAGUUGAGAAAACUAAAACAACCAGUUAUUUCUCACCAGUUGUUCAAACAUCACCAUCUUUAAUUAAUUUUAUGAAUUCACCACCCAAUACUCCAACUUCAAAUACAAAUACAAAUACCACAAACACAACUGCAACUACAACUAAAACUAAAACUAAAACUAAAACUACAACUAAAAAUAAAACUGAAACUAAAACUAAAACUACAACUACAAAUACUAAUACAAAUGCAAAUACAAAUACAAAUACAAAUACAACCAUUAAUACAACUACAACCACCACAACCAAUGAUAAUCCAAGGAUAAUUUAA